GUGACUCAUUCCGUACAGCCAUGUUUUAUGGAGUGGGUAGAUAGAUUUGAGCAAGAUCAACUAUGGAUCCCCGUACUACUGCCCAGGAUGUGCACCGAUGUGACCUUUGUGAGACCGCCAUAGUCCACAGCUACUGUGACUUUUGUCAUGUCAACCUCUGUAAGCCCUGUGUAGUAGAUCACAUCUCUGAUGGAUAUGACAAACAUAAAAUAGUCCCUUUUCAAAAACGUAGAUCAACUCUCAUUUAUCCAAAAUGUGAAAUACAUCCACACAAAAAUUGUGAAUUUCAGUGCAAAGAUUGCAACAACAUUUUGGUUUGUUCUUAUUGUACUGCAUCUGAACAACACAGGGGACAUAUUUUCGUAGAUAUAUCAACUGUUUACAAGGCACAGACAGAAAAUAUUGAAAAGGAUACAGAAGAGUUAGUAAACACUAUUUCUCCUACAUAUGAAGAAAUUGCACGCGACCUGGAAAAUCAGCUUGCCAACCUGGAUGGAGGAUAUGAAAAACUUACAACAACAAUGUCCAAACAAGGAGAGCAAUGGCACAGAGAAGUUGACAUCAUCAUCAACAAAAUGAAAACUGAAAUAAACAAGAUAAAAGUGAAACACAGAGACAUUUUACAGAAACAUUUGGAUGAAAUCAAACAGAUACAGUCUCUCAUAAAGCAAACACUACUGGCCAUUAAAGAAAUUGAGAAAUCCACCGAAGUAUCUCCUGCCAUUAAAUACAACUCUAAGAUCAGAGAGUUCAGCAAGCUUCCACCCAAGAUUGAGGUACCACUGCCAAAAUUCAUUCCAAAACCGAUAGACCACGAGAAGCUGUAUAGUUUGUUUGGACAGAUCACCCCGUUAUCUACUGCUACUGAAGGAAGAAACUUGUCAUUGAACCAACCUACCACUUCAGUCAGAGAACUACUGGAUGAACCCGAGCUUGUUGCCACAAUACAGACUGGGCAUGAAAAACUACGCAAUGUGACCUGUCUAAAUGAUGGUAGCAUAUGGACAAGUGGAGAGACCAAUGAUAUUAAAUGCUUCAACACUAAAGGUUUACUCCUUCAGACAAUCAAGAACAAAUCAGGUAAAUACCCCAAUGAUAUAGCUGUAGACAGUGAUGGGCAUCUACUGUUUACUUGUGGGGCAACAAGGACAGUGAAUAAAGAAAGGAAUGGACAGACAGAAGAGUUGAUCAGAUUACGGGGAAGGCUGCCUAGUCAGCUGUGUGUCACCUCUACUGGUGAUCUCCUGGUUACCAUGUACAGUGAUGAUGGAACUCAAUUCAGAGUUGUCCGUUACUCUGGAUCCACAGAGAAACAAACAAUUCAAUUUGAUGAUAAAGGUAAACCUCUGUACUCAGGGAAUUUUAAUACUAAAUACAUCACUGAGAACAGAAACCAUGACAUAUGUGUAGCUGACUGGGAGGAUCGUGCUGUAGUGGUGGUUAAUCAGGAUGGGAAACUCAAAUGGAGGUACACCGGUCAUCCCUCAGUUACCAAGAACAUAUCAUUUAAACCUUUUGGUAUCAUAACAGACAGUCAGAGUCGUAUCCUGACAGCAGACAGUGACAACCAUUGUAUCCACAUCCUGGAUCAAAAUGGACAGUUUCUCCGUUACAUCGAUAACUGUGAUCUGAAGGAUCCUUAUGGUUUAUGUGCGGACAAUAAUGGCAAUCUGUUUUUGUGCGAAUUCUACAAAGGCAACGUAAAGAAAAUCAAAUACUCAAAAUAAAUACUGUAAUUUGUGAUUGAUGCCAACAAACGUGACUGCCAUUUCCUUAACUUUUCACUUAAUAAUUCAAUAAGAUACAAUAUGAAUUUCAUCAUACUUACAUGUAAUUAAUAUGUUCAUUCAUGUUUUAAUCAGUAAAAUGUGGUUGUAAAUAGUGUAUACUGGUAUUAUUUUAGAUGGAAUUUGCCAAUGUCCUAGAUUGUUUUGAACCAAUUAAAAGUGUGUUUUAAAGAUACAUUGUACCACUGGACUCAGAAUUCAUAUCAUGUGUAAUACCGGUAACUACAUGUAAAUGUACCAUAUACCGUACAUUGUACAUUGUGUAGUGAAUGUGAUAUU